CGUUUACCGGCAAAAAAAUCAGGCGUUUUUCAGAAGCAAACCGAUGAUAGGCAAGAUGGUUUAGAUUUUUCAAUUUGGAUAGCUAUCUUUGCUCUGGCCGAAAUUUGUUAGAUAACACCAUAUCUGUAUAUUCAGUUUUUUUUAGGGUUCAGUAAACUAGGGUUUGAACUUUGAACCAAACGGAUAUGUCGAAGAGAAAAUUCGGAUUCGAGGGAUUUGGCAUUAAUCGGCAAACAACGUACAACUUCGAGCGAAAUCAAGCUCCUCAGCGACUGUAUGUUCCGCCAUCCUCACGUUCCGGAGGUAGCCAUGACAAUUACGAAGAUACCGACUUAGAUAACAUUGAGUACGAUGAACACGAAGCUGUCGGAGGGAACAACGAUGAUGGAGGCGGAGGAGGUGGUGAGGAUGAUGAAAUUGAUCCACUUGAUGCGUUUAUGGAAGGGAUUCAUGAAGAAAUGAAGGCUGCACCGCCUCCUAAGCCGAAAGAGAAGUUGGAUAAGUAUAAGGAUGAUGUAGAUGAUGAUCCGAUGGAGAGUUUUCUGAGGGCCAAGAAGGAUGUAGGGUUACAAUUGGCUGCUGAUGCUCUUCACGCUGGUUAUAAUUCCGACGAGGAGGUGUAUGCUGCAGCAAAGGCGGUUGAUGCAGGGUUAGUUGAGUAUGACUCCGACGAUAAUCCAAUUGUUGUUGAUAAAAAGAAGAUUGAGCCUAUUACUGCUCUGGAUCAUAGUGAGAUUGACUAUGAGCCUUUCAACAAGGAUUUUUAUGAGGAAAAGCCUUCUAUUUCAGGUAUGAGCGAUCAGGAAGUUAAUGAAUAUAGGACAAGCUUGGCCAUUCGUGUAUCAGGCUUUGAUGUACCAAGGCCAAUUAAGACAUUUGAAGACUCUGGUUUUUCUGUUGAGUUGAUGAAAGCUAUCAGUAAACAGGGUUAUGAAAAGCCUACACCAAUACAGUGUCAAGCAUUACCAAUUGUGCUCUCUGGGAGAGAUAUUAUUGGUAUUGCUAAAACUGGGUCCGGUAAGACUGCUGCUUUUGUGCUUCCUAUGAUUGUCCACAUCAUGGAUCAGCCUGAACUUCAGAAAGAAGAAGGCCCCAUUGGAGUUAUUUGUGCACCCACUAGGGAAUUAGCACAUCAAAUAUUUGUGGAGGCAAAGAAAUUUUCGAAAUCGCAUGGUAUCCGUGUGUCUGCAGUUUAUGGAGGAAUGUCUAAAUUGGAUCAAUACAAAGAACUAAAGGCAGGGUGUGAGAUUGUUGUUGCUACUCCAGGGAGGUUGAUAGAUAUGAUCAGAAAGAAGGCAUUUACAAUGUUGAGAGCAACUUAUCUAGUGCUUGAUGAGGCUGAUCGGAUGUUUGACCUUGGUUUCGAGCCUCAGAUAAGGUCCAUUGUUGGUCAAAUUAGACCUGAUCGCCAAACAUUGCUCUUUUCAGCAACUAUGCCCCGCAAAAUUGAGAAGCUUGCCAGAGAAAUAUUGACGGAUCCUGUAAGAGUUACUGUGGGUGAGAUUGGCACGGCUAAUGAGGAUAUUACACAAAUAGUUGAAGUGAUUCCUUCGGAUGCUGAAAAAUUGCCUUGGCUUCUGGAGAAGCUCCCUGGACUGAUUGACAAUGGUGAUGUUCUUGUCUUUGCUUCGAAAAAGGCAACAGUGGAUGAGAUUGAAUCCCAAUUGGCUCAGAAGGGAUUUAGAGUUGCAGCUCUCCAUGGUGACAAGGAUCAAGUUUCUCGUACGGAGACGCUGCAAAAAUUUAAAUCUGGCAUAUAUCAUGUUCUCAUCGCAACUGAUGUUGCUGCUCGUGGUCUUGACAUCAAAUCACUUAAGUCAGUGGUGAACUAUGAUAUAGCUAAAGAUAUGGACAUGCAUGUUCACAGAAUUGGGAGAACAGGUCGUGCUGGUGACAAAGAUGGAACGGCCUACACUCUUAUUACUCAUAAGGAAGCACGUUUUGCUGGUGAACUGGCAAACAGUUUGGUUGCUGCUGGUCAAACUGUGUCCGUGGAACUAAUGGACCUUGCUAUGAAGGACGGAAGGUUUCGGUCCAAAAGGGAUGCAAGGAAAGGAGGUGGAAAAAGGGCCAAAGGAAGGGGAGGAGGAAACAAUAAAGGUGUACGAGGUGUGGAUUUUGGUCUAGGGAUUGGAUACAAUCCUGAAUCAAAUAACCCUCCCCAGAGCGCUGCUCCAAGCCGUUCUGCAGCUGUUAAUUCCCUGAGGACAGGAAUGAUGGCACAAUUUAAAAGUAGCUUUGUUGCUGCAUCAUCAAAGUCUCAAAAUCAAGGGAUGAAUAACACAGCUGGCGCGUUUCCCAACAAGAAAAUGGUCUUGCAAGGCUUUGUCUCUGGUGGGACUAUAGGUGGAAAUAGUAAUACUUCCCAUAUUAGUUCCACAUUUACUGCUGCAACAUCUGGGGCAUAUACUUCUAGUCAGCCAGCUAGAGAUGGAGCUAACCAGAAAAGUUCAGAGAGUUCAAAGGAGAAGUCCAGAGAAAGACGGAGGCCUUCUGGUUGGGAUCGUUGAUUUGUUAUUUAGGUAUACUGGGAUAAUCAACUUGUUGGAAAAUUACUGUGGGAUAUGCUUGGUUUAUGUGUCACUCCCCAUCAUGGUCUUAAGUUGGUGCAGCUUUUCUUUCAAACUCACCAUUCACAUCGAGGAAAUGAAGGGAAGAUAAAUUGUUAUAUCCUUAACAAGUAGGGAGUGUGCAAAGUCCAAUCAGAUUGGCGUCCAUUGCAGAAAUGGCUUGGGAGGAAGUUAUGGUGCUUCUGAAAUGGUUCGUGCAAAAUGAUCUUUAUUGUCCAAGAGUGUAUCUUAUAUGUAGCAUUUGGUUCUCUUGAUACAUCAAAAUUGUUCCUGUAACUUUAAUACCUUUCUGGACUUCAGAAAAUUUUAACAU